UAUAAAACUGAAAAUUUGAGAGGAUUUCAUUCAAACUGUAUCUGUUUGGAAAGCGUCCUAGUCAGCUGCGCCAAGCGGAAUUCCGUUCUUAAGUGAAUUUACUCCAUUUUGUGUGUGAAGUGUUAACCAAGGCAUUUAGUCAACAUGCGUGAAUGUAUCUCCGUGCACGUCGGACAGGCCGGUGUCCAGAUCGGAAACGCCUGCUGGGAGCUGUACUGUCUGGAGCAUGGCAUCCAACCGGACGGUCAGAUGCCCUCGGACAAGACCAUUGGCGGAGGUGAUGAUUCGUUCAACACCUUCUUCUCCGAGACUGGCGCUGGCAAGCACGUGCCCCGUGCCGUGUUCGUCGAUCUGGAACCGACCGUCGUCGAUGAGGUACGCACCGGUACCUACCGCCAGCUGUUCCACCCGGAACAGUUGAUCACCGGAAAGGAAGACGCCGCCAACAACUAUGCCCGUGGCCACUACACCAUCGGCAAGGAAAUCGUCGAUGUUGUGCUGGACCGCAUCCGCAAGCUGGCCGACCAGUGCACGGGCCUGCAGGGCUUCCUGAUCUUCCACUCGUUCGGCGGUGGUACCGGAUCCGGUUUCACUUCCCUCCUGAUGGAGCGCCUGUCGGUGGACUAUGGUAAGAAGUCGAAGCUUGAGUUCGCCAUCUACCCGGCCCCGCAGGUGUCGACGGCUGUCGUCGAGCCGUACAACUCCAUCCUGACCACCCACACUACCCUGGAGCAUUCGGACUGCGCCUUCAUGGUCGACAACGAGGCCAUCUACGACAUCUGCCGUCGCAACCUCGACAUCGAGCGUCCGACCUACACGAAUCUCAACCGUCUGAUCGGCCAGAUCGUGUCGUCGAUUACGGCUUCGCUCCGCUUCGACGGUGCCCUGAACGUGGAUCUGACCGAGUUCCAGACCAACUUGGUACCGUACCCGCGUAUCCACUUCCCGCUGGUCACGUACGCUCCGGUCAUCUCGGCCGAGAAGGCGUACCACGAGCAGCUUUCGGUGGCCGAGAUCACCAACGCUUGCUUCGAGCCGGCCAACCAGAUGGUCAAGUGCGACCCACGUCACGGCAAGUACAUGGCGUGUUGCAUGUUGUACCGUGGUGAUGUGGUGCCCAAGGACGUGAAUGCGGCCAUCGCCACCAUCAAGACGAAGCGCACGAUCCAGUUCGUGGACUGGUGUCCGACCGGUUUCAAGGUUGGCAUCAACUAUCAGCCCCCGACCGUCGUACCGGGAGGCGAUCUGGCCAAGGUGCAGCGUGCCGUGUGCAUGUUGUCCAACACCACGGCCAUCGCCGAGGCCUGGGCUCGUCUGGACCACAAGUUCGAUCUGAUGUACGCCAAGCGUGCCUUCGUGCACUGGUACGUCGGAGAGGGUAUGGAGGAAGGUGAAUUCUCCGAGGCCCGUGAGGAUUUGGCCGCCCUCGAGAAGGACUACGAGGAAGUCGGCAUGGAUUCCGGCGAAGGAGAAGGCGAGGGAGCUGAGGAGUACUAAAUACGUGAGGUACUUCUCCAGCAGUAGCAGCGGCAGCAGCAACAAACAACAGCAGCAACAGCAUCACCGUGAAGAAGAAGCUCGCAAAGAAUAUGUCAAUUGACAAAAUUUUGUAUAGCUUCUUCUUCCGCACAAAAAAUGAGGAAAUGAUUGAAUAAAUUAUUUCUGUUCAAGAAACUAUA